CCCCCGAGUCUCUCCACUCUCAGCAGCGGACGGACCGGAGAAAGAAGGAUCGGAGCCAUCGGCGACCUCACCGUGCCCCGUCCCCGUCCGCGUCCCCGGAGAUCCGAUCCUGCAGUGCAGAGAGAGAGAGAGAGGAGAGGGUACCGCUGAUGGAUCCCGCUGCUGAGACUCCCCAAGGCCAAGGGGCCGAUACCUUUCCCACGCGUGUGGACGGCAGUAGGCUGCGCUGUUCUGUGCCGCUGGCCGACCCAGUGUCCGAGGUGCUUGGCGACGACAACCUCCUCAUCGAGAUCCUCGUCCGCCUCCCUCCGAAGCCGUCCUCGCUCUCCCGUGCGUCCGCCGUAUCCAAGCGCUGGGGCAGCAUCCUCUACGACCCCCAGUUCCGCAAAUCCUUCCUCAAGCACCACCGGAUGCCUCCUCUGCUAGGCUUCUUCAGAGGGUAUGCUAAAAGCUUCAUUCCUGCCAUGGACUCGCCUGACCGCAUCCCUGCUGCCCGCUUCUCCCUGCCCAAGAGCACCAGAUCCUACCACACCGAUGAAGCAUACAUGGGCUGCCGCCACGGUCUCUCUGUCCUAAUUGACAGGAAUAAGCAUGAGACCGUCGUGUGGGAUCCCCUCACCGGCAAAGAGCACAUCGUGUCUUUUCCACCAGGAUUCCACUCUAUGAGGACAAACUCAGCCUGGCAUGGCGCUGUACUGUGCGUUGAUGCCAAAGAUGGGCACGUCCAUGGAGAUUGCUUCUCAAGCCCAUUUAAAUUGGUUUUGGUCAGUGAUGGAUUCAGUACACAGGCAUCUUGUUCUCUCUAUGACUCAGCGUCUAGCGUUUGGGGAAAUAUUUUCUCGGUGACCAUAGCAAAUAGGAUUUCUGCGACAAGCCGCAGCAUCCUUGUCGGGAAUACACUUUGCUGGUUGAUUUGUGGUGGUGAAGUUCUUGUGUUUGAUUUCGAAAUGCAAAGUCUUGUUGUGAUCAAGACACCGGUGGAAAACCAUGUUACCAACGACCGGUGUUUUCAGCUCUUGCGGAUGGCCGAUGGUGGCCUUGGCCUUGCUGGUUUGUUGGACCUGAACAUCCAUUUAUGGGAUAGGAAAUCUAACUGUGAAGGCAUUGGCGAAUGGGUGUUGCUGCGGAAAACCAUUCCACUGGAUGAGAUGCUUCCAAGGAGAAUAAGUUAUGCAUUUUUUGUUGGGUAUGAUGAGGAGUCAAAUUUGGUUGUUCUCUCCACGAUGAUUGGCAACUUCACGCUCCAAAUUGACUCGAUGCAGAUCAAACAUAUUGUUAAAAGAAACCAGAUAUGUCAUGACACCUUUCAUCCCUACAGGAAUUUCUAUGCUGCAGGCAGCGGAUUUGGGAGGAAAGGGACAGAUCUGGCCGGAACUUUGAACACACCUGAUAUUCUAACGUGCUAUCUUUGUCAAACAACUUAGGUAUCCAGAGUUAAAUUCGGGUUGUUGAGAUGCGGACAUGGCUAUUUGGUGUAAGGAAGUUGUUCCAUUUUGUAUGGUGUGGUUGAUGCUCAAAGUGUCCUACUAUGCAGUCUGCAGAUUGUUCCAUUGUGUACGCCGCGGAUGUGUUGUGGUCGACGCUUGUUCUACAUUUAUGUAUUGUGGCCUGUGAAGUUGAAUUUGUUGGAUUUAAUCAUGUGGACUCUUUUAU